AUGUCUUGUUAACAAAUUUUUAUGUUUUAGAAAUAUAAAUAAUGACGCAGGCAGGAAAGGUUGCAGAAAUUUUCUCCACUGCUGGAGAAGCAUUUUCAAAGUUGGGUACACUAGCUAUGUCUCUGCAACCCAACAGUGAGCGCCCUCAAGAUGUUGGAAAAUGGGGAAAUGAAGAGAUUGAAAUGUUACGCAAGGCAGUAACACAGUUCGGAAAUGAUAUUGAGAAGAUAAGCGAACAAAUUAAAACAAAAUCUUCUAUUCAGAUUAAAGCAGCUUUAAAACAGAGAGCUUUGGAGAAUUUCGCAGUCCCUUCAAAUAAGAAAAGUUCCCUGUCAGUAACAGGUUCAAGUAUAGCAUCUCAAUUAAAUAAAUCUCCCAUGAAAAUGUCAACGAUUGCAAGGACUAUUGGUCAAAAGAGUAAAGUGGUUAAUGUAAUGCCUAUUAUUGGAACUCCGCAGGCAAUAAAGAAAGCAAAAAUAGAUAUCCCUGGAAAUCUAAAUGUUUUAACCUCAACACAACCGAAACCUGUGAUUAUUCAUCAAAACCAACCAGUUGGUAUACCAGCUGUUGCAACUAGCCAAGCUUUUCAGAUGAUAUUACCUCAUACGAAAGUGAUUCCAAGUCCUGUAGCUGUCUUGCAGUCUGGUGUCGUGCAGCGUGUUUCUGAUGCCAAUACAAGCGGUGCAGUGGAUGUUGAAAGUUAAUGGUUUAUAUUGACAUAGAAUAUUAUCUCUCAAAUUUUUGUAUAUAAGAGAUUUCACAGGUUGUGAUUGUACUAUAGACUGUUUUAUGGCAAAUAAUUACAAAUUCAACUAAACAUGAUUGAGUAAAUUACAAUUUCUAGUUUGGUUUUUGCUUUUUAUAUUUGCUUAAUUUAUAACAUUUGCUUUGCUGAAUAAUUAUUGAUGUUAGCAAAAACUUCUAAAGUUUGGAUAUAUAAAUUUUUUUGUGAUGCAUGUGAACCAGCAUUUUUAAUUCCUAACGCCUUAUGGAAUAUUCUUGGGACAGUAUAUACACAUUUUUUUUAUAAGAAAAUGCGCCUCAAAAACCUUAAAAUCUUAGGAAUACACAACACAAAGUUUAUUUUUUUCCAAAACAAUUUUCUUAUAAAAAAACGUGUACAUAUAUCAUUUUUUCAUUUUUAAACUAUAUCCAAGUUGGUUGAUAUGUGUUAGCAUAGUCAUAUCAUGUAUGUAUAUAUUACAUUUUUUAUGUAAACAAUAUAUAUGCAUAGAAUCAGCUUUUCGUAUUGAGCUGUAUACUAAUGUAAAAAAUGCUCUUUGAUGCAAUAUUUAUGAUAUAAAAGAAGAAAACUUAUAUUCUUUAUUUCUUAUUUCUGUAAAAUGGUAUAGUAAUUGAAGCUGUAAGGGG